AUGGCCACGAUGACGUUCGACGAUGAGCCUCCGCCCGAGCCGCGAGACGGCUGGCUGCUGGUGCGGGUCUUCGUCCCCGAGCUCAACGUACACAAGUGUCUCCAGUUCCCCUCGGACAAGGUCGUGUGGGAUGUGAAGCAGCAGUGUCUGGCGUCGCUGCCAAAGGUUGCCUAUUGGUUUUGGGAACUGAAGGAAAGCUUCAAUUAUGGUUUAUUCUCUCCGCCAUCGAACGGGAAAGCUGGCAAAUUUCUCGAUGAAGAACGACGUUUGGGCGAUUAUCCGUUCAAUGGACCGGUCGGAUACUUGGAGCUCAAGUACAAGCGACGCGUCUACAAGAUGCUCAACCUGGACGAGCGUCAGCUGAAGGCGUUGCACACGCGCGCCAAUCUGCGCCGCUUCAUCGAGUGCAUCAACAGUGGCCAGGUGGAAAAGAUCGCCAAGAUGUGUGCCAAAGGACUGGACCCGAACUUCCACUGUCAGGAGACGGGCGAGACGCCGCUCACCAUUGCGACCGGCACCAAGAAGCCCAACAAGCUGCUGAUCGCCCUCGUCAAUGGCGGUGCACUACUCGACUAUCGGACGCGCGAUGGCGCCACCGCGCUCCAUCGGGCCGUCGAACGCGACAGCCUCGAAGCGGUCAGCACACUGCUUGAACUCGGUGCAUCGCCCAACUACCGUGAUACGAAGGGUCUGACACCGGUCUACCUGUCCGUCACGCGGAAAACGGAUCCCAAAGUCAGCGAAGUGUUGCUGCACGACCAUGCCACGCUCGGCAUCCAGGACAGCCAAGGAUGGCAAGAGGUUCAUCAGGCUUGUCGGAACGGGUUAGUUCAUCAUUUGGAACACUUACUGUUCUACGGUGCGGAUAUGGAUGGUCAAAACGCUUCCGGUAAUACGCCGCUGCAUGUUUGCGCUGUUAACAAUCAGGAGGCUUGCGCUAGAAUGCUACUCUUUCGUGGUGCCAACCGAGGCGCUCUAAACUAUGCCAACCAGACACCGUACCAGGUUGCUGUCAUCGCCGGAAACUUGGAGUUGGCAGAGAUGAUCCAAAAUUACAAAAGCGAGGAUAUCGUACCGUUCCGUGGGCCACCACGGUACAAUCCACGACGCCGGUCCGGGCUGGGCUGGGGUUCGACACUUUCGCGCAUUUACGGGGGCCCACCGUCACCCUGCCCGUCCGAACAUCCCUUUAGCUCCGCCAGCUCCAGCCUGUCCGAGGGUUCCAGCCACCGUAGCCACGAGGACGACAUCAGCAUCGUUACAGAUAAAAGCCUCGGAGAUACGAGUGAUAUCAUCAGCGACUCGUCCGGCGUCGGUACGAACUCCGAUAGUGCGGCUUGCUCCAUUGGCCACCCGAGCACCACAGUCGUCUGCAUGGAGGGCUACGAUGCGGGCCUGUCCGGCCACAUUCACAUUCAGCCGGGCGACGUGAUCGAGGUGGUCGGCUCCACCGACUGUGGGCUGCUGGAGGGCUUCGUUCGGGGCACCAACAAGACCGGCUUCUUUCCUUCGAGCUGCGUGCAGGAGGUGCAGUUCCGCCAGAAGAGCAUCAUCAACGUGUCCACGUCCACGCCUCACCAUCACUACCUAAUCAACACGAGCAACAACGAAAUCUUGAGCCACGACCUACAGCGACAGCAGCAGCAGCAGCAUCUGCAUCAGCAACAGCAGCAGCAACAUCAGUUGCAGCAAGUUAACCACGAUCCACAGCUGCAACAACAUCAUCUUCAACAGCAGCAACAGCAACAGCAACAGCAGCAGUACAGCAGCCAGACGGCUCCACGGGUGAAGAAAUCGAUUAUCGGAGAACCAAGGACCGUAGUCCUUCAUCGUGCCAAGCGUGGAUUUGGCUUCAUCCUGCGCGGUGCGAAAGCUUCCUCGCCGUUGAUGCAACUCAAACCGUCACCCCGCUGCCCGGCGCUACAGUAUCUGGACGAUGUCGAUCCCGGCGGGGUGGCCGAUAUGUCGGGACUGAAGCCGGGCGAUUUCCUGCUGGCGAUCAACAACGAAGAUGUAACGUGCGCCUCGCACGAGCACGUGGUGGAUUUGAUCCGCAAUUCCGGUGCCCUGGUGUCGAUGACGGUGGUGACGCUGUCGCAAAAUUUCAUCAACUCGCUGAUGCUCGCUGACUCGUCGGAGGUCGCCAGCCAGCACUCGUCCGGUUCGGGCAUGAGCACACCGAUCUCGUCCCGCCAGUGUUCCACGUUGCCACGGCGCAUGAACGGUGGGCCACCGGGGGGCAAGCAGCCGGCCCCGAUGCCACCGCGGCGCGAUCCAAAGACGACGCUCAGCGUGGGAAGGGCGCGCGCCAAAUCGAUGGUGGCCGGACUGGAGGGCGGCGGCGAGAAGGUUGGUGGCGACGAUGGUGAAGAGCUGCUGAACGCGACCAAAUCGACGUCGGCCGAAUCGAUCCACCAGGCGCAGCUGCUGCUGCAGGCACAGCUUUCCCAUUCGGCCAUCGGCACACCGACGGCAACGGGGCCCGGGACACCGAUUCAACCGCGCACGGCCAGCAUCAAGUCACGGCCAACGUCGAGCCGCAUAACGGCGGCCGAGCUGGAGGAACUGUUCCAGCGUCAACAGGGUGCCGACGCUAAUCGCUGCUCGAUGCUCAUGACCAGCUCGCGGUUCCAGUCCACCGGCCUGGAUAGUGGGGCGGCGACACCGCCGACGUCGCCCCAGAAAGGGCCAAUCGUUUACGCGAGUGUGGCCGAAAUGAAGCGCAAAAAGUCUUCCAAGGUGCUCGGAACGCUCGGCGGAAGUGGCACCCUGAAAGGGCGCCCCAUUCCGCCGCCGCAGAUUGGGGCCGACCUGAGGCGCACCUUCCACAGUACGCCGGACCUGGCGUCCGUCGGGUCGCUACCGUCCGACGGCAGUAGCUCCGGCACCGGCUCGCAGUUGGGAAUGAAUGCGGCGCAGCACCUCCAAGCCUGGUACAGUACCGUCGGUCAUCGGGGGCAUCGAUCUCAGGACGAUAUGCACAGCAGCAGCCUCCACAUGUCGCUGCAAAGACUGAACCUUUUGCCACCGCCGAAUCAUCCGCCGCCACCGCCGCCCGUCGGGCAGGUGGUGAAGGUGGCCGUGUCGCGCGGCUCCGAGUACGAGUGUCUGACGGCGCUGCGCAAGCACAUCGCUCAGAAAGCCAAAGUUCAAGCCCAGAUCCAGGAGGCGGAAGUCAUGUCUAGCUUUAAGCCCGCCUCGAACGCGAAGCUGUACGCGUCGCCGCAGGACAUCCGAAACGUUGGCUACCGGACGGUCAACGUAGGCGCGCCUAGCGUCGUGCCUUCACUGACUGGCAACCCAGGCAACGGUGGCAACGCAGGAAGUAAUGACCCGGCCACGAGUGGAACCGGUAUGCCCCCGAGCGCGAGUCUUCGCAAAAUGGCAUCUCUUCAGUCGAACGCCGGCUCGACUACGAGUGUAGCCAGCGCCGGAACCGGCGGAACCGUGCCAACGGCGACGCAAGUCGCAAAUGUAACAACCGUCACGAUCGGCGGAGGAGGUACGGCUGGGACCAGUGGACCGGAAGGCUCCAAUCCUUACGCGCAACCGGGAAGACCGGGCGGACCGUUACCGCAGCAGAUCGCGCAACCUCAGGCGCAACUGUACAAGUCGGGCCCGAACAGUGCACCGCCGCUGCCGGAGCCAGACUACAGUCUCAGCGAAUCCGACCCAGACGAGGACAGCUCGGUGAGGUUGGUGCGAACGCUGACAAAGACGAGCGCUAGCGAACUGAAACCCGUGCCGAAUCCGGGAAUGGCCGCGGAAACCAGUGGCAACAGUAACACGAGUGGCAGCUCGACCGGUUCCAGCUCGAUGCCACACUCGUUUUCGGUCGACGAAAUACAGAAGAUUCGAACGAAGCUGAAAUCAUCGAAAUCCUAUCCGAACGAUUUCCUCCGGCAGCAGAACGGCCAACCGCAGCACGGGCCGGGAGGAGGCGGUGACCAACCGGCCGAAGGGGCCGGACCCAGCGAAGAGGGCGAUAACUCGUCGUCCGGUGUAAGCAGUGAUCAGGAAGUGACCGUAACGAGCAACGAUCCUGCCCACGUGGUGCAGCCGGAACAGCAGUCGGUGAAAGCGCUGGCCAAGUCCUUGGGUGCUAUUGCGGUGAAGAAAGCACAUGUUGGGGCUCCCGGUGUCGCUGGUUUGAGCGAACUGAACAAAGCCGCCCUGCAGCAGGGCGGAGCAGGAGUGAAGGCAGGCGAAAGCUCACCGGAACGAAGAAGUGAGCCAGAGGAAGGUGACGACGAUGGCACCGAUAGUCCCAGCCCUCCGGCCACUGGUUUCCAGCGGCACAAUUCGCUCACCCGCAAGCAGGCGGCCACACUGGCCGCCAACCGGGCCAAAGCCAAUCAGCAGAACCUUCAACAGCGACACGCGGUAACACUCGCCACUCUGCCUCCACCAAUCGAAGCCGAUUCGGAUGAGGCGGACUCGUGGUCUCACCCGCAACAGCUGCUGGCCGGCGGCGCAGCGUCACACCUGGCCGACGGUUCCGGGAUGGUAGUGCUGGCACCGCCACCAGAAUUCAGUGACACCACGGUCACGAUGGCCCCGAUGGCGGCGUCCGGUGGUGUAAGCGUUAACGUUUCGGCGGCACACCACUCCCACCAUCAGCACCACCAGCAUCAGCAUGUCCACCAUCAUCAUCAGCAUGGGGGCGCCACCGCCGCCGUCGCCGGUGGAACGCUUGUCAUCGGAGGGCACAAUCCCAACUGCAAACGGGUCCGGAUCGUGGGCGCGGUACCUAAGGUCAACCGUAUGAAUAGUCAGUGAAUCGAAGACCGUACGGACGCAACAGAGCGUCGUUAGCCCCGGGGAGCGAACCCACGGUAAAGCUGUAUAUUUAUGUUUCUGUAAAAAUAGAGUCCGCGCUUAUGUUUAGUUCUAUCGAGAGAGUACCAGAGAACCGGGGAGACUCACUUUAAAAGAGUCGAACAAGAAGCAGAAAUGAAACACUUUCAAUUUCUUUCCCGUUCACGAAAGGAAAGACGUUGAGAUUAGUUUUGUUCUCCGUGGCCACCACCCCCGCGGUGCAGCCCGGUACAAAUAAACCGGGGCCAAAUGGGUGCGGAAAUGUAUAGCGUAUAAGUACAAUGAAAGAAAGAGCCGAUGUUUGGGGGCGUUUAAUUUUACGAAUUGCAUUGAUAAUUCAUUAGUGUGUCUGUGUGUGUACUACAUUUAAAGCAACAUGCACUGAACGCGCGCCGGCCACUUAACGCCGGCGCCGCACCCCUCUGCAUCAUAGCACCAUUUGAAGGAGGUCCCGAAGCCGGCGUCACGUGGAAGCUGUUCUUCUUUCCCUGUGCGCUUAUUAAUUACAUUAAUUAACAAAGUCAAAGCCGUACGUGUGAGAAAGGGGAAAGCCGUUGCUGCUUCCGUUACAAACGAUCGAGAGAGAGAGAGAGAAAACACAAACACACGCAAAAGCUUCGGAACCAAAAACUACAAUCUGGAUGGAUGGAUUUGUGAUUAUGUAUCUACGGUUUUUGGGGGCGCGCACACGUCUUCAGCAAAGUUCGUUUGUUGCUCACACGAUCCGGAACACGAGUGUGUUCCGGAGCAAAUCCGUAGCAUCCAUGGUGGUGAACGCUGGUUAAGCUCUCGUUUUUAAUUUGUUUGUAGAGUGUAGUAAAUAAGAGGGAACCAAUGGAAUUUCGCGAAACGUUUCGAUCUGGAGUGAUAGAUCAAUGUUUAUAUUUUUGUUCAUAGUGUGUGCGUGUGCGACAGUGUGUUUAAGCGAGUUCCUAGCUCGCCAUUUUUUCUACAAGUGAUUCUACACACAACAAGUCUGCCAAAGAGAGAUGAGGCAGCGUAGCACGUGCCAGCGACGGGUAAAAAACAGUUCGGUGUUGUUCGGUGCGAUGCCGGAACCCGCCCAGCGGUUCCGACCCCACACGCAUCAUCUUACGAAAUGAAGUAGAAACUAGCACAACGACAUACUGUAAAGUAUAUUCCAUUACAAACAGGGGCCCGACCACGGUGUCGGAGUCGCAGCGAGGUCAAAAGAGGUGCACCCCCCGCGCAUCCACAAAUCCAGCCAAUCCUCUCAGAGUCAGAACACUGUUUUAAUCAAUCGUAAACACACACGGUACAGUUUGUAACAAUUAGCAUUAGCAACGCGGACGUGGGGACGUGUGUAUCAGUAAGGCACGUACGUAGAGUGUGUGGUACAAUAGUGUAAGAAAUACUCAAAAUAAUUUUGUCUACUACACAUGGGCACAGGCUGCAGAAUGUUUUUCGAUUGAAGCGAAAGAGUAGUGAACUAGUACGAGGUGCGAUGCAAUUAACAUAACCUCUCGCAGCCAGUCAGAACUCGCGUAGGGAAGCAAACUCUGCAUAACAAAACUGACCCCCCGGGGGGCAGUGUGUUUUUUAGAACAAAAAUGAAUGUAAAAAGACAGAUCUGUUUGGGAAGAGAAAAAUAUUGGAGCAAACAAUAAAAACUGUCGCCGCCAUACACGAACAUACACGAAACUUUUCAAGUAAAAAUGACCGUAAAAAUGACCGUAGAAAUGUUUGUCGAACGAACGAACGAACCACUCAUUUAAAUCACCAUAUUCAACUCACUCACUCACGCCAUUUGGGGCCCGGAAGCUAUUAUCUCUCCCUCUGUAGCAGUUUAACGUCCUUCCUCCAUUGGCUUGCUUUGAUGGCGAUGGUCAAACCUUCCUUACGGAGUAGUGGGUAACGAAACGGGGAUUAGUUUUAACUAAACGAACCAAAUCGUACGUAGUACCGCGCGCGUAACCCGGACACUUAGGACGUUGAUUAGCUUCCUAUUAGUUCGGGCAAUACGCCACAUGCCAUUGGGAAAUGAAUUACGAAUAUGAAAAUCAUACAGUACAGUAUAAAACCGGAUAAAGCACCACAAUUCAUUCAAGGCGGACGGCGGGCCUGUUAUAACAAAAUAUACGAGAGGCCUAUCGAGAGUUUACUGUCGAAUUCUUCGGCAUGCGUUUCGAAGCAGCCGUCAUCUCUAGGAGCAUUAUUCGAAAGGUCAAAAGUACCCACCAAGCGCACUAGCGAAAUUGGCCAGCUGUGGCAACCGGCAACCUCAAAUCUAAACGCGAACUGAAGAGCCCAACUUGCUUGCACUCGAGAGAAUAGUUAAAUUGAAAUAGUGUAGUUCAACGAAGCAAUAGCUCUGCAGCAGGACUGAUUCAUGCACACGUGAUUCAAACGGAAACACACAACCGGAACGAACUAAUGCACCGAGAUGAUCACGCCGCGACACACACACACGAGGAGAGGUAUAAACAUAGUUUUGCAAGAAAAAGGACAAAAAAGUACAAUGCAGACGCGCGCGCACGUUCUUGCACCGUGCAUCGUGCAUCGUGCGAAAAAUAGCAGAUUUGACGGCGCGGCACACGAGACUUGCUCACGACGCGCGGCGGCUAUCAUCGGCAACGAGAAUAAAACAACUCUAUCCUCAAGUACUCUUUCCCCUCACUACACACACACACGGAAUCUACGUGAAUACGU